CUGUUUCUAUGGUAACCGCAGACGCGGAAGUCAUUUAGCAAAGCUGACCAAACGCUCCAAAACAACGUAAUGUAUCGAAGGAGACGGAAACUGUGACAAUUCGCACACAUUCGACGCUUAUUAACACAACUUUAACUGUACUUUGUUAUGUACUUUCGGUUUGUAAAUGAGCGUCAAGUGAAUGUCGACGUUCGCCAUGGCGGAAGCAAAUGACGCCGUCGUGCCGGACACGGAGGACGAAGACGCUGACGAAGAGUCUUGCAACUUCUCUGCUGAUGAAGAGGAGGCCUCUGAUGAGAUCCCAGCAUCACUUGUCAGCUACUUUGAGGCGUCCAGAAGGCGACUGGAGACUUGCAAGAAGAUCAUCCUGGAGGACCUUCAAGGUGUGACCGCAUCACCGAGCAAUGAACGGACAACAAAACAAGCAGAGUUCGCUGUGGACGACGAGGACGAGCAGAAACCUGCUGACCCUGUCCCUGUCCUCCAUGCAGACCAAGAUGUGCUUUCUCCUGACAGCCAAGGUGAAUGUGGGGCAGAAGAGUGCGACAACUUCCUGUCGGACGAGGAGGGACAGAGCGUGUCCGACUACCAGCAGGAUAGAGGAGGUAGAGCGCUCCAGGUGGAGGUGGAGACAAGCAGACGCAGAGAACAAGACUUUGAGGAGGAGCUGAAAAGGAUGAUGGAAGUUGAGAAGCUGCGGCAGAAGGAAGUAGACUUGAUGGAGAAGAAGGCUCAGGUAGAACUGGAGCAGGAAUUCCAGCUGCAACAGGAGCUGGUCAACGACCUGAAGCGACGAGUCGAGGAAGAGGUGAAGAUGAGGACAGAGGAGCAGAAUAGACUGAUAGAAAGAAAGGGAGAGGAUGAAGAAAGAAAGAUGAAGAAAGGCGGAAAGAGAAAUAAAGGGGAGGAAGAAGAGAGGAGGGAAGAGGAAGAGUGGGAGCAAAUUGGGCAAGAUGAAAAGAGGCAGAGGGAGGAAGAAGAUGAGAGGAGAGAGGCGGGGAGGAAGAUGAAGGAAGAAGUGAGGAGGAUGAGAGAAGUAGAGGAAAACAAGAAGAAGAAGAAAGAGGAAGAAGAAGAAAGGAGGACAGAGGCUGUGAGGAAACAGAUGGAGGAAGAAGUGAGGAAGAUGAGACAAGAAGAGAAAAAGAAGAGGAAAGAGGAGGAAGAAGAGGAGAGGAAACUGAUGGAGGAAGAAGUAAGGAGAAGGAGAGAAGAAGAGAAAAAGAAGGAGGAAGAAGAGGAGAGGAAACCGAUGGAUGAAGAAGUAAGGAGAAGGAGAGAAGAAGAGAAGAAGAAGGAGGAAGAAGAGGAAAGGAAACUGAUGGAGGAAGAAGUGAGGAGGAGACAAGAAGAGAAAAAGAAGAGGAAGAAGAAGGAGGAAGAAAAUGAGAGGAAAUUGAUGGAGGAAGAAGUAAGGAGGGAAAUAGAGAAAAAUAAGAGGAAGGAUGAGGAUGAAGAGGAGAGGAAACUGAUGGAGGAAGAAGUAAUGAGAAGGAGAGAAGAAGAGAAAAAGAAGAGGAAGAAGGAGGAAGAAGAGGAGGGGAAACUGAUGGAGGAAGAAGUAAGGAGAAGGAGUGAAGAAGAGAAAAAUAAGAGGAAGAAGGAGGAAGAAGAGGAGAGGAAACUGAUGGAGAAAGAAGUAAGGAGAAGGAGAGGAGAAGAGAAAAAUAAGAGGAAGAAGGAGGAAAAAGAGGUGAGGAAACUGAUGGAGGAUGAAGUAAUGAGAAGGAGAGAAGAGAAAAAGAAGAGGAAGAAAGAGGAAGAAAAGGUGAGGAAACUGAUGGAGGAAGAAGUAAUGAGUAGGAGAGAAGAAGAGAAAAAGAAGAGGAAGAAAGAGGAAGAAGAGGAGAGGAAACUGAUGGAGGAAAAAGUGAGGAGGAUGAGAGAAGAAGAGACAAAUAAGAAGAAGGAGGAGGAAGAAGAGGAGAGGAAACUGAUGGAGGAAGAAGUAAUGAAAAGGAGAGAAGAAGAGAAAAAGAAGAGGAAGAAGGAGGAAGAAGAAGAGAGGAAACUGAUGGAGGAAGAAGUGAGGAGGACGAGAGAAGAAGAGAAAGAGAAGAGGAAGGAAGAGGAAGAAGAGGAGAGGAAACUGAUGGAGGAAGAAGUGACGAGUAUGAGAGAAGAAGAGGAGAACAAGAGGAAGAAGGAGGAAGAAGACGAGUGGAGGAAAGAGACGAAGAGAAAACAGAAGGAGGAAGAGAGAUGGCAGACGGAAGAAGAGAGGAAGUGGAUUGAGGACAAGGAGAGGAGGAAAGAAGACAGCAAAGUGGAGGAAAAAGAAAGGAAGAGGAGGGAGGUGGAGAUGAUGCAAAUGGAGGAAGAGGUGAGCAAGAAGAUGGAAGAAGAGAGGAGGAAAGAGGCAGCAAAGAAACUGAAGGAAGAAGAGUUGACGAGGAAGAAGGAGAAAGACGACAAGAGGAAAGAAGCAGAGAGGAAGCGAAUGGAGGAAGAAGAAAAGAAGAGGGAGAGUGAGGAAGAAGAAGAAAGACAGCAAAAGGAGGAAGAUGUGGCGAGAAAGAGCGAGGAAGAGAAGAAGACAUGGCAAGAGACAGGAAGAAUGAAAGUGGAAGAGAAAGAAGAAAACAAAGACCUAGAAGAAGAGGAUGAGAGGAGCAAGAGGAGUGAUGAAGAUCUGAGGAACGAGGAAGAUGAGAUGAUGAAGGACAAAGAGGAGAAGAUGAUAGAGAAGGAAGAAAAGGACAGGAUGAAACAGGAUGAAGAGAUGAGGACAAGAAGGAAGGAGGAGGAGAAGAGAAGGAGCACAAGCAGGAAGUGUGAACAGAGGAAAGAGGAAGAAGAUGGUGGAGUGACCAAUAUGGAGGAGGAAGAGGAACUACCCGUGAAGGAUGAAGGGAUGAUGGAUAGGAGGGAUGAGAAGAUGGAUGAACGGAUAAAUGAUGAGGAGAACAGUGGAAAGAAAGAGAAGGAUGGAUGUGGAAGCAGAACAAGUGGACAGAAAAACCCCAAAGAAGAAGUGAGGGAGGAAGAAGAGGAGAUCUUCAAGAUGGAGACACAUGAAGAAGAGGAGGAUGAAGAAGCAGAGAGAAGACAAGAUGAGCAGAGGAUGAACGACAACUCCGCAGCACCUUCACGUCCUCCACAACCUCCACCUGACAACACCCGUCACAAAUCCUCCUCCUUCUCCCAGAACUUGGCGCAGAGGAGGCGGUCCUGGAUGGAGAGCUGCGUCUUCUGGGCGGAACUCUCCGUGCAGAACAGGAGCAGGUCCACAGGUUCUGUCGUUACCAGGAGAGAGUUCAGGGGGUCCACGGAGACCAGCGUGGUUCCUCCGCUUUGUCCAGACAUCCUGAAGCAGGCCACAGGCAGGAGAUCCCUGCAGGAGGUGACCACGUUACUUCUGGAGGACUUGCCCGGCUGCAGCUUGUCCACUCUGGCUCAAUGUAAGCGGCUGCAGACUCUCACCCUCAGACGAUGCGGCCUGACGGUUCUCGACAGCAUUAACCAGCUAGCAGAGCUCCGCUACAUCGACGUCCAGCAAAACGACAUAUCGCGGGUGGACUGCGAGAAUAUGAGCGAUCUGCGAGCCCUGAAGCUGGGCCGCAACAAGCUGACAUCCAUUCACGGCCUAAGUGGAGCAGAGAACCUGGACCUUCUAGAACUGUCCCACAACGCCAUCACACGUGUCGCUGGUCUGGGUUCUUUAAGGAGACUCCAGACGUUGUCUUUGGAUCACAACCAGCUCAUUAGCACCAAAGGGCUGAAGGACGUUUGCACCCUCCUGCACCUGGACUGCUCACACAACCACCUGGCCAGCGUGGAAGGUCUGGACGGCAACCUUCUGCUCACCACGCUGGACUUGACCUGCAACAGCCUGACUGAGCCGCCAGCGCUGUACGACCACGUCCUCCUGCAGGAGCUCCGUCUGGGCGACAACAGCAUCUCGUCCCUGCGGGGCCUCGCCGCCUGCUGGCUGCCUCUCCUGCAGACGCUCAGCGUGGCCCAAAACAGGCUCACACACCUGCCCCACAUGUCUGCUGCUGUGUCCCUCUCCAACCUCGACCUGCGCUACAACUGCCUUUCAGAUUUGAAGGAGGUGUGCCAGAGCCUGGAGGGAAGUCCUUCCCUGAAGGAGGUCCACCUCAUGGGGAAUCCUCUCCAGCAGGAGAGCAGUUGGAGAUCAACUCUGCAGAGAACUGUUUCUAGUCUGAGGACCAUCGAUGGUACGGAUGCUGACUUCACUCAUGAUGACGUUGCUAGGCAGACUAGCCCAUCCUCGGACAGCUUCCUCAAGUUCAUCCAGGGGCAGCUUCAGCAAACUCGCGAUUUAAAGCAGAAGCACAGCGAGCAACUCAGCAAAGCCUUGAACCCACUGGACGUCAUAAAAGUGACCUGCCGACACUUUGCCGAAACCUUGCGUCUGGCCAAGGACCAGCGGCGUGCCCACGAGUGCGCCGACAUCGGCGACGGCGAGCAAAAAGCUGCUGGUAUUUUCGUUGCUGAGCGAGUCUGCCACGGCGAGGUUCCCCCGGUCCCUUGCAACAAGGAGAGCCGCCAUGUCACUUCACCAGAGCAGGAGGUGUCCCCGUGUUGUGACGUUCAGACCCCGGCAACAGAGGGGAAGUUCACAUGUCAAAACGUCAGCCCCAAAAGCGCUGAUGCUGGACUGACUUUUACAUUUGAGGACGGAGGAGGAAAAAUCAAGUGUGGAGCUUCUUCUUCAAAUGUUGCCAAACGCCAUGCAGCUGCCAUCAUCCAGGCACACUGGAGGGGCUUCACAUUGAGGAGGAGGCUGGCGUCCGCUCUCGCUGCCGUUGCGCCGCCCGACACAGGCCAGGAGGACAUCUUUGAAGUGGUGGACCUGGACGAGUUUGUUGUCGAUGAGGCAACGCUGGAGCGAGGAUGGACCUUGGCGCUUGGUGACGAGCUUCCUACUGGAUGUUCGUCAGUGCCGAAGCAGCAGCUUCCGGGCUCCUACCAUAGACAUUCCCAGCUUGUUCUCCCACCUCUGCCUGUGCGGGGACCGACACAAGCCUGGGAGGUCAAGGACCAGGAUGACUCCACGUGCAAGACCGUGUCAGCACAAAGAAACAAAUCUGUGGCGAGCGGCCUCUCUGAAAGAUCAGAGGACUUCCUGGAGGAAUGGGGCUUCACUCACAGGCGCACAGCCGAGCUGAUGCUGAGAAGAGCCCAGAGGAUGAAGUCCAAGAAGAAAAGCUCAGGUCCACCAGUGCACGUGGUGGCUUGCAGGAACGCACCACUGACCACCUACCAGCUGGGUCCGCUAGAGGGACUACGCGGUACUGAUGGUACCAAAGUUCUCCAAGCUGAGGUGUGCUUGCGGCGAGCGAGGCAGGACCGGACUCGGGAGUGGCUCCGAAACCAGGACACCCUGAGGAGCUCGGGAAGUGAGCAUUUCCUACCUGACAUCAGUUCCGACGUGUUGAGUGGCGGCCGUCCUCAACGUGCAGCAGAACCAGGCCAUGCAGAACAUCGGCAUCACACCAGUGGCGUUUGGGCCGGCAACAGCUUAUUAGUCCAAACAAGUAGAGAAAACGACUGUGAUCGACAAAACACUCUUGUGACAAAACAAGAUGUUCCACAUCCCAGUCGGGUUCCGUCUGCUCCGCGGAGGAAAGAACGCAUCUCCUUUCGGGACGAGACGGUCAGGUGGAGCGUGGGCUGGGGCGGGGGGAAGAAAAGGGACAAAUUCAAACACACACAUACCUGAAAAAAAAGUGUAUCCAAGAGCAAUAAAACCUUGGCUGAUGGCGCUGUUAUGAUGAGACGCCGUCAUAUUUUAGGACAUCUUCUCAUGUCCUGUCCUCUCACCUCCAGCUGAUCUUCAGGCGCUCACACCGAGUAUCAUUUAUUGCAGACCUGGGCAAAUUAAGGCCCGGGGGCCACAUGCGGCCCGUUGAGCUUUUCAAUCUGGCCCGCCGGACAUUCCAAAAUAUAUUUUUUAGAUGUUUAAGAUGGAAAGUGUAGCUGCCAUUAUGAUGUUUUCUAAUGACCGUAAGUCUUCAACUAUACUAAGUCUUUCAAUGGUUGGAAUCUGCGCUUAUGGAUGCUUUACCAGUUACUAUGGUAAUUUAAUUAGUUACUAUGGUCAUCUAAUUAGUUACUUUGGUCAUCUAAUUUGUUACUAUGGUCAUGUACGUCACAGCAGCUCAGACGAGGCACCAAGCCGUGUGGGCGGGAAGCGUUUCCACAGACGCAGAAGGAGAUUUUCACAACAAAGUUCUAAAGCUUAGUGAUAUAUAGAACAGAAUAGAAUAGUAUAUCAUAGAAAUUCCUUUAUUGAUCCCUGGGGGAAAUUCAGCAAAUAUCAGUAGGUGGGUUUAUUUUGUACCCUUCGUGUUCAUAUUUCACUGUUUGUUGCAUUUUUGGGGUGUGACAUUCAUAUUUUGUCAAUAUUCAGUGUUUUAUCGUUCAUAGAAGAAAAAAAAAUUCCACUAUGUUUUUUAAGGCAAUCUGUCAAAACAUUGUUAGCAUUCAAUCGUGAGGUUUUGUAUUAAUGUUCCUAAACAUAGACACAUUUUUUUCUCUAAAUGUGGCCCCCGAGUCAAAAUAAUUGCCCAGGCCUGAUCUAGUGACACACUUUAGUGUGACUUCACCGCAAAAACUGAAAUCUAAGUAUCUAAUCUAAAUAUCUCAAAUAAGGGUGAUAUUUGCUUAUUUUCUGUCUGAUAAGAUCAUUCUUCUCACUAAGCAGAUUUUAUGUUAGUCUUUUACUUGUUUUAAGGGUUUUUGGUCCUAAAUGAUCUCAGUAAGAUAUUACAGCUUGUUGCUGAGAUUUUAUGACCUAUAUUGAGUAAAACAUGCUUGAAACUAGAAUAUCAACUGUUGCAAAGCUCUGUCAUCAACACUCACAAGUAUAACACUAGGGGAGACCGGAUGCAAUGGACGUCGAGUGGGUCUAGCAUAAUAUUGUGAAAGUCCAGUCCAUAGUGGAUCCAACAUAAUAGUGAGAGUCCAGUCCAUAGUGGAUCCAACAUAAUAGUGAGAGUCCAGUCCGUAGUGGAUCUAACAUAAUGUGAGAGUCCAGUCUGUAGUGGAUCUAACAUAACAGUGAGAGUCCAGUCCAUAGUGGAUCUUGCAUAAUAUUGUGUAAGUCCAGUCCAUAGUGGAUCUGACAUAAUGUGAGAGUCCAGUCCAUAGUGGGGCCAGCAGGAGACCAUACCUAGCGGAGAAGGGUCAGCAGCGCAGAGACGACCCCAACCGAUGCACAGGCGAGCGGUCCACCCAGGGUCCCGACUCUGGACAGCCAGCAUGUAUCAAGUACCAUCUUGGUACUUAACUUUUUUAGCCAAUUUUUUACAUACGUACGCUUCAUAGUCAUAUGACUUGGGUACUUGACGCAGUCUAACUGUUAGCAUGCUAACAUUAGGAUUUAAGUUCGGCUUGCGCGUUACAGCAUUCACACGCAAUUUCCAUAACAAUUGCAUAUUGUAGGUUUUUUUUGUGUGUGUAGUGUUCUAAUCCAGGAUGUUUUUAUUUCGUCUUUAGAAUGUGUCGCCGGCCAAUAAAAAAACAAGCUGUGUU